AUGCGAGGGGAGGCACUUCCCGAGGCAGUUGUUGAGGCCCCAGCUAGAGGUAGGGGUAGAUCUCGAGCUAGAGGUCGUGCUAGUAGUACGACAGUAGCCAGAGGUCGUGGACGUGGAGCAGCACCAGUGAGAGGUCAUGCUAGAGAGGUCUCUACAGAACCUCAGAUUGAUGGCAGAGAGGACCAGGUUCCUCCAGAUCCUGUAGUCACACCUUUGCUUCAGGAUACACUAUUGAGGGUGUUAAGUGUGCUAGAGGGAUUUUCUCAGGGUGGUGGUGCGACUACCACACCACAUGACUCUCGUACUAGAGAGGGGGCUCAGACCCAAGAGCAGCAGCAAGCUCCAGUUGUUCAGGAUGCGGUGGGGCAACUACCAGUAGAUCCCGCGGUUCAGAAUGAUGUUGCACCAGCAGUUGGGGGUCAAGUUGCAUCAAUGGUUGUUCUGACAGAGGAUGAGCAGCGUAGGUAUGAGAGAUUUCGAAAGAUGGACCCACCUCAGUUUCAGGGUGGGAAGAGCGAGGAUGCUCAUGAGUUUCUAACUACCUGUCGAGAGUUAUUAGAGGUGGUUGGAUUAGCUGAGUCACAUGGGGUUCGAUAUGCUACACUCCAGCUUCGUGGACCAGCGAGAGACUGGUGGAGGACUUAUUCGGGGGGUUUGCCAGUUGGAUCUCCUCCAGUGACUUGGGAGCAGUUUGCUGGCGCAUUCCAAGAUCGUUUUAUCCCAUGGAGCGUGAGAGAGGAGAGUCGCUUGAGGUUUGAGAGUCUGAGACAGGAUGGUUUAUCGGUUACAGAGUAUGAGGCGCGUUUUUGCCAGUUGUCUAGGCAUGCGUUGGCCAUUAUUCCAAAUGAGACAGAGAGGAUCCGCAGAUUCGUGAGGGGAUUGACUUUCUCUAUCAGGUCAGCUGUGUUUCGGACAUCUAGGGAGGGGACUUCUUUCCAGUCCAUUGUGAGCGCCGCCAAAGAGGCGGAAUUGAUGGAGAGAGAGGAGUUUGGGGACCCUUAA